CUCUCCUCCUCCUCCUCCUCUCCUCCUCCUCUCCUCUCCUCCUCCUCCGGCUCCAGUUGCCAAGGACCAGCUCCGCCCGCGGGGACAGUGCACCGCCGCCGGGCCAGGAGCGAGGGGGCUGGGGGGCCUCCUCCGUCCGCACCGGUGUGGAACACGGGAUUCGCCUUUUUUUGUAAAAUAUUAAAUAUUUUUAUUUUUUUAUUUUAUUUAAUCUAUUUAGUUUUUCUUCUUUUCUUCUUCUUCUUCUUCUUCUUCUUCUUCUUCCGAGACGCAAGUGAGAAGACCGCUGCCGAGAGCAAGUCCUCGCACGCAGGGAGACGGUUUUGCCUCUGCUACGACGGUCUACUGUGAAACCAAGAUGGUCGUCCCGUGGUUCCCCAGAUUCCUCUUCCUUGUACUGGCCCUCGCCCCUCUACCGUGUCUGGGGUGCCCACCCGGCUGUCGCUGCUACAGCCUCACAGUGGAGUGCGGCUCUAUCGGGAUCAGAGAAAUCCCCCAGGGUGUCCCUGCCGUCACGGAGACCAUCUUCCUCCAGGACAACGCCAUUGUGCAGAUCCGUUUUCAGGACCUGACGCGGCUGGGCAGCCUCCAUUACCUGUACCUCCAGAACAACAGCAUCUCAGCCCUGGAGCCCGGCGCCUUUCACAGCCAGGGGCAGCUUCUGGAGCUUGCCCUCAAUGGCAACCUAAUCCACCUGGUCACCCCUGACAUGUUUCGGGGUCUGGAGCACCUCCGAAUCCUCUACCUUGCCGGCAACCAGAUCACCCGAGUCCAGGAUCACACCUUCAGGGGACUGCAGCGUCUGCAGGAACUCCAUCUGCAAGAAAACAGCAUAGAGCUGCUCGCGGAGCAAGCCCUGUCUGGUUUGUCAUCUCUGGCCCUGCUGGACCUCAGCAGGAAUCACCUCCGUACCCUGGGAGCGUCGUCGCUCAAACCGCUUGUCAGCCUGCAGGUGCUGCGUGUCACAGAGAAUCCAUGGCGCUGUGACUGUGCUCUUGGCUGGCUCAGAACCUGGAUCAGUGAGGAUGGUCAGCGCCUGCUGAGCUCUGCUGAACAGCGUCAGCUGAUGUGCUCGGACCCACCACGCCUGUCCCACCUCAGCCUGGUGGAGGUGGCUCCCAACAGCCUGGUCUGCAUCCCCCCUGUGGUUCAGCUGGAGCCCAGUCACCUGACUGUGCGACUAGGGGAGAGCCUCAGAGUCUCCUGCCAGGCUUCUGGAUACCCUCAGCCUCAGGUGACCUGGAAGAAAGCGUCCCACGGGAAGGCCCAGUUAUCACCUCGAGGCCUGGUUCAAGAGUUGGGACCCAACGGUGAGCUCUUCAGGCCCGGGGCCGGAGGUGUGGUAACAGCUCUGCCCAGUGGUGGAAGAAUCAAGGUGGCAGGCGUUGGUGGGAUCCACGGACUUGUGCGCGGAACCGAGGAGGGUGGCGAGAGGGACAGCUUUGACCCUGACACGGGCAGCGGCAUGUUGUUCCUCAGCAAUGUGACUGUUGCACAUGCUGGACGUUACGAGUGCGAGGCCUGGAACCCGGGCGGUGUAGCCAGGCUUACCUUUCACCUGGCUGUCAACAUGUCAUCAUCUUCAUAUUCGUCCCACUUCUGGCCUCGUUUGAACACACACUCCUUUGUUUCCACCUCGUCUAACUCCUUCUAUCAGCCAGACGUGCUGGAUGUGAGCCAGGAGCCGCUGUAUGAGCAGGAUAGCAUGGAUUUCAGCGCCCUGGGCCCUGCAACACAAACCGCCAUUGCGGUUGGCAUCUCCUUGCUGGCACUCACUGCUGUUCUCCUGCUGAUUAUGAUCUACACUCGCCACCAGCAGUACCAGAAAGAGGAAGGAGGUUCCUACUGUACCAGCAAGGAAGAGAGCAUCCUUUACGUGAACGACUACUCUGAUGGACCCACCACCUUUGCUCAGCUGGAGGAGUACCGUGACGACCACGGCCACGAGAUGUACGUCCUCAACCGAGCCAAGCCGGUUUUGGGGUCCACUUCAUCCAGGUGUCCAAUGAUGAGCGGGUUUGUGCAGCAGAAGGGUAUGAAGGAGGCUCUGCUGGACCAUGAGAUGGUGCAGACACUGACCAGAUCCGGGGGAAUGGGGCUUCGCAGAAAUCCAGCAGACGGAGGAGAGGGACCCCUCACGACAGACCCGGAGGAGCUCUUCCUCAGUCAGAGUCUCCUGUUCGGAUCACAGGUUGCCUAUGAGAUCCACUGCUAAGGGGUUUUAAUUGUGUUCUGACAUAAAACAAUAUGUUGAUGGGCUUAAUCAAAGACAUUAAAGGAAAUCGCCUCAGUGCACUGAUGUGAAGCGUCAGAUUAAUGUGUGGUCUUUAACAAAGGGGAACGUUUCAGUUAGUGGUUGCUGGGGGAAACCCGGGAUCCCAACCAACCUCUCAGAGAUCCUCAUCUGAUUGAUUGUGUGACGUUAAGAUGUGUCAGAACGAUGAACAGUUUUGAAGUAAUUGAAGGGGAAAUAACAAUACCUUUCUGUCUCCAAAUGGCUCACUGUAACAGACAUGCUUAGCAUGUUAUUCAAUCUAAAUCCUCACAAAAGAGGCUGAAACUGUGCAGCACAUAGCGGCAACUAACAAUGCGGAUUAAAACAGUGAUUCAUAUUUUGUACUUCUGAUUUUUUUUGUGUCCUUAGGCUUUGUGUGUUUUGUCUGUUAUGUGUAAAUAUAAUGAAGCUAAUUUUCACUGUGAAGUACAGUUAUUGUUACGUGAACCCUGUUGCAUAUUAGGAUUAGAACUUCAUGAAUCUUCUUACGGAAAGUGCAUUUUCAUUAUCCAUAUGUGUGAGUGGGUGUGGGUGGGAGGAUUUGUUUGAAGAGGUUCAUUUUGAAUGCAGCCGCAGCUCUUUUAUAAAACAUUUUUACCAUAGCAUUGUAUUCCAUGAUGUUAACGUGCCAUUGUUUUUGUUUGUACCUAUUUGUUGAAAUACGAGAACAAAGAAAUACAAAUUGUAUUGUAUGAACUUGAAUCAUUGGUGGAAUUAACAGCAUUGGCAUCGGUUUGGAACAACCAUUGGCAUGUAAAUAUUGCAGAUUUUUGUCUUUGGUUUCUACAUAAUAAAUUGUAUUUUAAAACAA